GCGAAAGAUAUACGUUAAUUUUCUACAGCUGCAACUGUGUCUUGUCUUUCACAUCGCAAACAACAAACAGGUGUUUCGUCGUUCUUUCACUUCAACAAGCUGCAGCACCAGCGAUAGCAUAGCCAGCGCAGACAAGAGCGCCAUGUUUGCCCGAGGUGCCCCGAUUCCGACGCCUGCGCGCGUGGCUCCACUGGAGUGCCUGCGAACGACAGUGGCAAGCGUGAAGGCGCAGCCUGCGGUGCUGGUGGCUUGCGGCUCCUUUUCGCCAAUCACAAACAUGCACCUGCGCAUCUUCGAGGACGCGCGUGAUGACCUCGCGCAACAAAGUGUCGACGUCAUUGGAGGCUACGUCUCCCCAACUCAUGCGAAAUACGGCAAGGCCUCGCUCGCAUCCAUGCCAGAUCGGCUCAACAUGACGCAGCUUGCAUUGCAAUCGUCCAGCUGGGUGAACUUGUCGUCAUGGGAAUGCGCGCAAUCAGGGUGGACGCGAACGGCUGUGGUGCUGCAGCAUUUCGCAGACGAGCUGGCCCAAGUGCCGCUGAACACUGACAGUGACGCCAAACCCGAACACCCCGUGAAGGUGAUGCUGCUGUGCGGGGGCGACCUGCUGGACACGUUUGACGUGAUCAAGGACGACGGAGAGCCGCUGUGGCUGCCGCAGGACCGCGAGACCAUCCUCAGAAACGGCAUCGUCUGCAUCGAGCGCAAGGGCACAGACCUGCAGCAGGUGAUUGCCAAAUCGAAGGAGCUGAGCAAGUACAAGGAGAACAUCUACAUCAUCAAACCGCAGAUCGAGAACGACAUCAGCUCGUCGUCUGUGCGGCGGCUUCUUGCGCAGGGCCGCUCCAUCAAGUACCUGGUACCCGACGACGUCAUUGCGUACAUCAAACAGCACAGCUUGCACGAGCUACCAACGUGGAAGGCGCAGCAGUAGCUGCACCAGUGGCGUGUGCGUGUGUGUACAUGUGUACAUGUGAGCGUGUGUGAGCGUGUGUCUACGACCGACCGUCGUGCUUGCAUGCAGGCACCCCCUCCCCCUUUCCGUCCACUGCCGCUGCUAUUCCCGAGUUGCCACAACACACAACGCAUAUCAUGCGCGGAAAGAGCGAGAAAAACAAC